GCCCUGUGCAUCUCAUUGGCUGUGCUGUGCCUGGGCCACUCCGUGCCCGCCGGCAGUGCAGGAGCCCUGGCAGGAGCCGAGGUGAGCCCGGGAGGGAUGGAGGGCUCCGGCAGCACCGAGCUGCUCGCCCUGAGACGUGCAGCCUCUAGAGGGAACUACCCGUCCACGAAUGGGGCUUUUUGGGUAGCAAAGCUGCCACGACGGCAGCGCGGUCCCUCCAGGCACAGGGAGGAGGGACAUACCCCACCCGCAUCCCCAGGACCACCAGCCUCCCAGAGGUGUGUGUCAGCAGGGCCCCUUCUCCCUCUGCUUUGCAGGACAAGAGCCCACCAAGGCUCUCGCGGCUGUGCUGUGUGUCGGGGUGACCGUGCUGCUGAUGAUGCUUUUUGGGUGCGCCUUGGUCCGGUGCUGCCGCCGCUGGCACCGGCCUGGCUUCAUCUUCAACCUGUACCACACCGGGGGACUGGGGGCAGUGGCGCUGGAGCUGGUCCCACCAUUCAGUAUCAGCGGCUCGCUGAGCGAUGCAGGGAGCAGCUACACACCGUUCCACGGCCGGGGACCCUGAGCAGGGGCUGGGCUGGUGUGCAGGCCACGGCAUCACCCCGCAGCGUCCCGCCCAGCCUUCAUGCCUCUGAAGUCCGCAACAUCUUCGGUGCCCGAGCUCCACAGCCUCCAGAAAGCGUCCUUGGCAUCAGCUUCAAGCCCUACAGCCCAGAGUCCAGCCCGGCCCCGGCCCCCUGCACCACCUGUGAGAGCACACGAUCCUCCAUGUUCAGAGCUCCGUGCAUGAGCCAGCGACGGCUUGCGCUCAUCUUCUGCACCUCCAUUCUCAUCGUGCUGCUCAUCGCUCUAAUCCUGUUGUUCAUGUUCUGGCGGUCGCAGACCGGCAUCGUAUACAAGGAGCCUGCCGAGAGCUGCAGGGACAACCCCGUGCGCUGCGACGGCGUCGUCGACUGCUCCCAGCGGAGCGACGAGCUGGACUGCGUGCGCUUCGCCUCCGACCAGUCCCUGCUCCACGUGUACUCCAGCGCCGAGAGCCAGUGGCUGCCGGUGUGCAGCAGCUCCUGGAACGACUCCUUCUCCAGAAAGACAUGCCGGCAGCUGGGAUUUCAGAACGCGUCGCAGACCGAAUACAUCCCUCUGCACGUCUCCGGCAAGAGCCUGGCAGUGAGCGGUGACGGAGAGACCGUGCAGCAGAGCCUCAACAGCUCACAGUGUCUCACGGGAAAGUAUGUCUCGCUGCGAUGCACGGCCUGUGGGCAGAGGAUUUCUGGCCGGAUCAUAGGAGGAACGGAAACCUCCGUGAGCAAAUGGCCCUGGCAAGUGAGCGUGCAGUACGGGCCCAUCCACAUCUGCGGCGGCACCAUCAUCGCGGAACAGUGGGUCCUCACUGCAGCCCACUGCUUCUUCAUGAACAGCAUGAAGAUCCUCGACGACUGGAAGGUGUACGGCGGGAUCUCGGACCUGAAACAGCACACGGAGGGUGUCCCUGUCUCUCAGGUCAUCAUCAACUCCAACUACAGCGACGAUCAUGACGACUACGACAUUGCUCUGAUGAAGCUCUCCAGGCCACUGACACUGUCAGCUCAGGUCCGUCCAGCCUGCCUGCCCAUGUACGGCCAGCAAUUCCAGACCGGCAGGUCCUGCUUCAUCACAGGCUUUGGGAAGACCAGGGAGAAUGAAGAUAACACAUCCCCGAAGCUGCGGGAGGCCGAGGUGAAGGUGAUUGACUACAAGAUCUGCAAUAGUGACAAGGUGUACGAGGGCUACCUGACCCCACGAAUGAUGUGUGCUGGGUACCUGCAGGGAGGGAAAGAUGCCUGCCAGGGUGACAGCGGAGGGCCCCUGGUCUGUGAGGACAAUGGGCGCUGGUACGUGGCUGGGGUGACGAGCUGGGGGACAGGAUGUGGCCAGAAGAACAAGCCCGGUGUUUACACGCGUGUGACAAAGCUCCUCAGCUGGAUAUACAGCAAAAUGGAGAGCGAGAGCGACUAAGACCGGGCUGGACACUCGCCUGGGCUGUGCCGCUCCGGCCGGUUGCUGCCAGGGCGUGAUGAUGCUGCCAGCAGAUCCCCUCACCUCUCUCUGGCCUGUCCGUGCCGCCUGGGCUGUGCCACUGCCCCAGCCUCUGAGAACACAGUGCCUGCAAACUGACUCUGCCCUCGCCCACAGGAGGCAGCCUGGCAGCAAGUGGGCAAAGCGCCCAGCUAGCCCCAGCGGGUAGCACGUGGCGGGCAGCAGUCUGGCUGGCUGUGCCCCCCGGCAGGCACCUCCUCGGCCUCUCUCCGUGGGUCUCCUGUAAAUAGUGGUGUCUGGACAGCGUGUGGCAAGUGCUUCCUGGCAGUACCACAGCGGGCGAGGGGCUGCUGGCGCUGCCCAGCCAUCCCGUGGAGGCUGCGCACGGAGGCGAGGAGCAGGGGAGCCGUGGGCUGCCUGUGGCGAGGGAGCUGCCUGGCGGGGCUGUGCCGCCGGGGGGCUCAGCCGCAUGCUGGGCUGUGUGCCACGCUGCCCACACCGUUCUCCCACGGAGGGCUGAGCCGUGGGGAGCCCUCGGGGAGGAGCAGCAGGUCUGCAGAUUGCUGUAGGAUCUAAAGGACAGUGCUGCCCGUGAGAGAAAUGCCUAUUUGUUUCUGUGG